UUCAGAGUCCUCCUCGUGCCUCCUCCAGCUGCAAACUGACAAAAUGGGUGAUUUUCCUGUCGGUUUCCUAUUUUUAUGAAUGAAGGCGGAGGUUGUGAGCUUUUGUCAUUUUCUGGUCUUAACCACCAGGGGGUAGAGCAACAUGCAGAAAGAAAGCCUCCAAUCUCUCUGUUCAGGGCUGUGUGUGUGUGUGCGCGUGUCUCCCUCACAACAUAAAAGCGACGUUCAGGGCUAAAAACUUGCAAUUCAUGGCAUGGAGAAGUCAGCGAGCAGCUGCAGCCCUCUGAUCUGUGUUAGGUUGAGCAGCAGAUCAUGGUCUGAACCCAGUUAUUCUCGAGCCGAAACAAAGCCUCGAUCGUCUAGCUGCUCGAGUGUAUUUUUUUUUUUUCCUCUUCCCUGUCCUCUUUUUCUUCUCCUCGGUGAAAUCUGAUACAACAUCAGCGGGUUUUUCUAUCUAGUUUGGGUGGCAGAUUCGGGCUUAGUUGGCCUGUGUGUCUCGCAGUCAAAGAGGCUAUCAAGAGAAAAGAAACAUACUGAAGCGAUUCAGAUGCCUUCAACUUUGAGCUAGAGGGACAACCCCUAAACCCCGUUUUUACACGAGGGACAGACACACCGUACAUCUCCGUCGUCUUCCACUUCAUGAAAAGGACGGGUCUCGGUACAAGGUGAUCAGAGAACUGACGGGGACCAUGGCAGCUACUUUAUCGGCGGAGGAAGAACAGGCUACCAGGCAGUUUCUGGAGGAAAUCAACAAGUGGACCAGUCAGCAUGGAGUGUCACCGCUGUCCAGGGAAUUGGCCGUCAAGUUCCUCAUGGCUCGCAAGUUUGACGUCCUCCGAGCCAUCGAGCUAUUCCACAGCUACAGGGAAACGCGUCUAAAAGAAGGAAUCGUCAGACUUCAGCCUCAGGAAGAACCUCUGCGCUCGGAGCUGCUCAGUGGAAAGUUCACUGUGUUGAGUGUGCGGGAUCCUUCGGGGGCCUCCAUUGCCUUGUACACGGCCAAACUUCAUCACCCGAACAAGACAGGCAACCAUGUGGUGCUUCAGGCCCUCUUCUACCUCCUGGAUCGGGCCGUGGAAAGCUUUGAGACCCAGAGGAACGGCUUGGUGUUCAUCUACGACAUGGCGGGCUCCAACUACACAAACUUUGAGCUGGACCUGAGCAAGAAGAUCCUCAACCUGCUCAAGGGGGCGUUCCCUGCCAGGCUGAAGAAGGUGUUGAUCGUCGGGGCCCCCGUUUGGUUUCGAGUGCCCUACAAUCUGCUCAGCCUGCUUCUCAAGGAGAAACUUAGGGAGAGGGUUCAGAUGGUGAAAAUGGCCGAGCUCCGCCAACACCUCCCCAGAGACUGUCUCCCCCAGCACCUCGGCGGCCUGCUGCCUCUGGAGUCCUACAGCUGGAACCAGCAGCUACUGGCGGGCCAGAACGGCCGGGUAGACCCAGUGGACGAGCUGGUGGGCAUCCCCGUGGAAGACUCUUCCAUUCACGUCCCCGGACCCGAGUCCAUGCGCCCACAGGAGCUGCUGACUCACCUCGGGAGGCUUCAGCGCUCAGGCAUCCAUCAAGAGUAUGAGGAGCUCCGCAAAGAACCGCCGCCUGGAACCUUCCAUUGUGCACAAUCAGCUUACAAUCAGGAGAGGAAUCGCUAUGGAGACGUGUUGUGCCUUGAUCAAACAAGAGUUCGUUUGAAAGCCAGAAGGAAUGAGAGAUCAGACUACAUCAAUGCGAGCUUCAUGGACGGCUACAAACAGAAGAAUGCAUACAUUGGUACUCAAGGACCACUGGAAAAGACCUACAGUGACUUCUGGAGAAUGGUCUGGGAGCAAAACGUGCUCGUUAUCGUCAUGACAACCAGGACAGACGAGGGCAGUCGGAGGAAGUGUGGACAGUAUUGGCCUCUGGAGGAAGGGGGACAGGAGGUCUAUGGCCACAUGGCAGUGGUUAACCAAAGGGUGGACAACCACACCCACUACAACCACACCAUCCUCGAACUGCACAACACUGAGACAUGUGAACAGAGACAAGUGAGUCAUUUCCAGUACCUCAGCUGGCCGGACUAUGGCGUUCCCACCUCAGCAGUGACUCUCAUUGACUUCCUGGGAGCUGUAAAGAGACAACAGAGGAAAAUGGUGAAAGCUUUGGGACUUCAGUGGGCAGGCCACCCACAGGGACCCCCAAUGGUAGUCCACUGCAGUGCAGGGAUUGGGAGAACAGGUACCUUCUGUGCUCUGGACAUCUGUCUGUCCCAGUUACAGGACGUAGGCUCACUAAAUGUAUGCCAGACAGUGCGACGCAUGAGAACGCAGAGGGCCUUCAGCAUUCAAACCCCGGACCAGUACUACUUCUGCUACAAUGCCAUUUUGGAGCACGCCCAAAGGCAGGGCCUGCUCCCAGCCAAUCAGUGAGCUUCAGCCAUGACUUUACCAAAUUAAUCCAUGAGCCCUGAGAUUUCUGCAGUCAAUCUGUUAACCCCGAGCUGUGUUGUGUGACCAAUUUGUGAACCCAGGAGAGUUAUCUUCCUCACAGAAGCUGUCCUUUUGAAACUAGGCCAUUCUUUGACAAGCCAGACCAAGACAAGACAGUGACAAAAAAAAAGGCUUCAGUGUUGACCAUUAUGUUUCAAUGUGAUAACAUUCUUGCUUCCAAUAAUGUGACAUUUUGUUUAUGCCGAACAUAUCUGACAAUACGUGGUAGCGUGAACAUAGUGCUCCUGUGUUGUGCAGUUUUGUGGUAUGUUGAGGCACAUUGGGUGAAGUGAUCGAGGUUAUGUUCACUAACCUUUUUUGUUAUAUUUAUUUCCAACUUUUAAACUGGUGGUUUAGGGGACCUUUUUUAAAAGGAGUACUUCACCCCAAAAUAAAACUUCAAUCAUUAUCCACUCAUCCCAUAUCAGUUAAAACUCCACCAAAGUUUGUAUGAAUGCAAAACAGUGAUUUUUUUUUUUUUAAAUUGUAUUUCAGUCAAAGCUCCUUAAAUGCUAAAGUUAACUUAGCCAUUGUGUGCCAAAAAACUGCCGUUGAAAGUUUUUUUUUUUGUAGCCAAAUGCCCCAUAGGCAUAAUUACUGUACACAAACAAAAGUAUCUUGGUGCAUGAAGUAAGCACUGAACUCAAUGUAAUUGUUUUGAAAAGAGCUGAAGAUGGAACAACAGAAGCUAAUAACUUGUAUGCUUUUUUUUAUGUACAAAUGUAUUUAUUGGAGUUUUAAGUGACCUAGGCAAGAUGUUAAUGACACUAUUUUUAUUUUGGGGUGAAAUUAUCCUUUAACUAAGUACACAAUUAUUUAAAUUCCAAAUAGGGAGCUUGAUUUCUACAGUCAUCAAACAAGAAUAGUUUUUUUUUUUUUUUUUUUUUUUUUUGUUACGCAACAAUUUUUACACCUCGUGUCCAGGAAAUAUUGCUUAUUGCAUUUUUAGCACAUGGUAUAUGUCACGUAGAUGGUACGAGCCAGUCUCAGGAGUGUCGUGCUGAAUACGAGGUGAUACUGCUCAACCGGUUAUCAAAAAAAUUAUUUAGUGAAAGUCUUUUGCCAAGAAGUGUUUGUAUUCCUUUGAGAUUGAUGAUGCAUUCUCCUCAGCCUUAGUAAAAGAAACCCUGAAUGGCAGUGAGACAGGGGUGAAGCACAUCCUAAAUGACCUGGCUGUAAACUGCUAAACGGCCAUUAAGCCCCUCUGUACUCUUUAAUUAAAUUGCUGUCCAUGUGAAUUCCUCUUUAGUUUUUGUUUUGUUUUUCCAAAUUCAUCCACUGAAAGCCUGACCUUCCAUCUCACCUAAAUAUUAAGAUUUCCUGACUUGCAGUACAGACAGUGACCAGUGUCUAGCCUAUAUGGCCGCCUUUUCUCACUAGCAGUGCCAUCAUGCUUUAGUGAUCGUGGGAAAGUUAUUGCUUAGCACCCACCCACAUGCACACGCACACACAUUUAGAGCAGUCUAAAGUGAUUAUGCCAUUGAAGUGCACAUCUGUGAACAUCUGUGGAAGUCAUCAGUUAAGACCUCAUGAGUAGUGCAAUAUUUUUCUUUUUUUUUUUUUUUUUUUUUACAAAUCAUGUCUUAGCACUUUUAAAGAACUAUUCCCAGUGUGCUCUGAGAUUAGUCAUCAUUGGGAUCGGAUGACACAGGACUUAAAUCUGUAGAUCUGCAUGUGAUGCUGGGAUAACUUGAUUGUUAAAUUUAGUAAUGCUGAAUUAUAAAAAAUGUAUUAACAUUUUGGACUUACCGUAAACAUCUUUAUAGAGCUCUGUUGGGACAAGACUAUUUUACAGGGAACCCUACACCCUAGAGUCCUUCUUGGGCACUAGUCAGAAAUGUCUUAAGUUUAUUCUUAUAAUUAUUAUUGUUACUUUAAGUUCUACAGACUGUGGUUGUAAUCAGUGCUUUCAUCUGGUCCCAGUAUCUUGCCAUUAUUAUAGUACAUGUACAAAAAUGUGUCUGUGUGUUAUACUGUACGUUGCAUUAUGUUGUUGCUGGGUGAAAGGAAAAAAAUGUGUUCUUUGCUACAGAAUUCAUAUUGAAUUUGCUUGUAGUGAAGCAUUUUUAAGUCUGCCAUCCUCAUGCACUCUGAUUUUAGAAUUAUUUUUCCUUUCAAUGAUGGACGCAAAAUGUCCCCUAUUUUAUUUUUCUAUUAUAUUCAACAACUGUAUUCAUACAAUUACCCAGGAUAUACAGUUAUCUACAUUAAAUUUAUAUUUGUUCUAUUAUAACCUAUUACUUUAUCAUUCGUUUUGAGUAUUGAAUCAAGCUAUACUGUAUUAAAUACAAACUAUGUCAACGUA